CCUUUAAGAUAACAGAAUAACGUGUCAUCAUAUGACCAAGUUGUCCAACUCACUUUUUUCUACCUUCAAGAAGAGAACAUAUAACGUCACUUUCACUCCAAAAUCCACGGUUCUGAUUUUUCUAACACCAAUUCAAUAAUAAUUCCAAAUUAGUUAAGCGUUUCACACACUAAUAAUAAAUUAUAACAUUUAAGAAAAUAUGUUUUCAAUACGUGACAACCUCAAACACCUCAUUCUUUCACUCCAAAUCCACAACUGAUAAACUUGAAUCUAUGAUUGGUUUCCUACUCAUAUCCCCCUCUAUUCAAUAUCCCAAAUCUUCAAACUUUAAAAGCCAUGAACCUCUCAUUUUUUGAAUUGAAUUUCUAAUGGAGACACUAAAUCUCUUCACCCCAACAUUAGCCACAUUCUUCACCAUUUUUCUACUCAUAUAUGCAGUUGCAUACUUUGUCCUUUGCCGCAACUGGGGUCCAAAAAAUAUUGCAGAAGCAACAAGCUGUGUAAUCUCUCUGGCUCAUGGAACUCCAUCUGUUUUAUUAGCUCUAAAUGCACUAACCAAAUCCCACAUGCCACUUUCUUCUUUUGCCUCUCCAAACACCAAUUCACAGAACAUUGUGCUUGACUACAGUAUAGCUUACUUUUCAGUUGAUCUUCUUCACUACCUAGUCUUUUUCCCAACUGAUAUUCUCUUCAUAAGCCAUCACUUGGCCACCCUUUACGUGUUCAUGACCUGUCGUUUCGUGGUUCAUCAUGGCGCCUCGGCUCUUCUGGUACUCCUUGUUCUUGCUGAGGCCACCAGUCCUUGCCAAAACGUGUGGAGCCUCGCUUAUUUAAAGAAGGCCGGUGCACCUGCAGCUUUGAAACUGUACAAGUUUCUUUCUCCUCGCUUUUAUGCUUUCUAUACAGUUUUCAGGGUAGUUCUUGGACCUUUGUUUGUGUUGAAGAUGGUGGUUUUUUAUCUGAGUGGGGCUGCUGAUAGCUCAACUCCAAAAUGGGCAUGGAUUUCUUGGAUGGUUGUUAUUACUACUGCUAUAUUUGAAUUAAUUAGUAUUUUGGCACUUGGAAACAAAGAAAAAAAAAAUAAAUAAAAUUGAAGAAAGAAAUGGAAAUGUGGCAUUUUUGAAAUGAGGAAGCCCACUUUUCGGCCCAAGCCCAGCAGCAGCUUCCUCUUGCUCAACCGCCAGUUGUCGCCUUCCCAGUGCGCCACCUGUCCACCUGCUUCAUCACCUCAUUCCUUUGCUCCAACCGUUGACUCGGUCAACCCCUCAAUAUAUUAGUCAUACCUUGCCUUUUUCUUACAGCAUCAAGUUUCAAUUCCCACGAAGGCCCAGCAGGCCCAUAUGUGUACAAACUUCAACCAUCAGCCCAACAGCUCCAGCAAGCCCAAGUGACCAUCAGCCAAACCUUCCCAACAGCCUGCCUACGUGGCACUUUCUCAUUGGUUGAAAAUGGGUCAAAACCCUCUUGUGUCACCAGCCAUAUUUUGUGGAUAUUGAGCUUUGUAAAUUGCUAUUUUGAGCUUUAAAGAUCAUGUUUUUGUGGUA